GUGAAAACAACAUGGCAGCGAAAGUUUUAUAAUUUUCCACAAAAUGUGAUAUUUUAGUGUUAAAUGAAGCCAGUACUCUCAAAAUGAAAACACUUAUUCCAAGUGUAAGUGUAAAAUGCUAUGAAGAAUUGUAUAAUACUGAUUUGAAUUACGACAAGAGGUUUCUUUUCCACCAAUUUUUAUAGUGAUGCUGAUCACGAAAAAUGGCGUCAUCAACAAUUGAAGCAAAAUCACGAAUCUCAGAGCUGAGCCUUGCCAUCAUAAAUAGUAUUGCAGUUGCUAUUAGUGACAAUGAGCCAUUGGAAGAUAUUGAAACCAUGUUCACUGAUUCUCUUGCAUUCCGUCAAGAAUUGAGAAGCUGGGAGGAUGAAGUGACUGAUUUGAAUAUUCUUCAGCAUGCAGUUAUUCAUAAACACGCUGAAGCUGUUAGAUUUUUAUGUGAAUGGGAUGAACAACUUAAUCGAAGCGCACAUACUGGAAUCAAUGAGCCUAUACAUCUUGCCUGUUACGUGGGUGCGUUAGCCAUUGUGAAAUAUUUCAUUGAAGAAAGGAAUGUACACAUAAAUAGGGAGUCAAUUAUGAGAUACUGUCGCGCUUAUUGUCAUAUUGUGAUACCCUCAUUCAACAAUAAAUUGACUCCUCUAGAUGUUGCCAUAUAUGGAAAACAACUUGAGUGUGUUUUGUAUCUAUUGGAACCAACAACAAUUCAUGUACUGGAAUCAUCUAAAUCAUUUCCAACAUUUUACAUCAAUCCGGAGUAUGAUUCGAACUUCAGUUCCAUCCAUAGGGCAUGCUUUCUUGGAAAUGCAGACUGCUUGAAGUUCUUGAUUGAAUGUAGACAAGCAUGUUAUGGAAAAGGCAUGGAUUUGAAAGACAGUCUAUCAAACAGUCCCAUCCAUAUAGCAGCUUGGGCAAACAGUGUUGAGUGUAUCACUAUGCUGUUGGAUGCAGGUGCCAAUGUUAAUGCAUUAGAUGGGUACAAAAACAAUGCGUUGCACACAUUGAUGCAUUUCUAUGCAAAACCAUGUAAAGAUUGGAUCAAACUUGUAUGGUUACUCGUAGAGAGUGGAAUCAAUGUGAGUGCACUAAACAGUAUUGGCUUCUCACCUUUGGAACUUGCUGCCAUGACUUGCGUCAAUGAAAAAGGUUUAAUUGAACUGUUGUCAAUGGCACCAGACGUUAACAUUCCUGAGUUAAGAUCACAGAUACUAGAUAGUAUUGAGUACCUUUUAGUCAAUGGAGCAGAAUUUGCGCUUGAAGAUCAAGAAGGAUCCGUUACUAAGUCACUCUUGCAUGAAUUAGUGUUUGAGUUUGAAACAUCCAACAGCUCUGUAUUGAAAUCCGUCCAUCAGUGUUUUGAAAUAUUGCUACAUCAUGGUGCCGAUCCAAACGUGCGACUUUUUCAAUACAGCUACAUGGGAGCAUUAUCUCACCUCAUUACUCGCCUCCCAGAUGUUUACACUGAGGAUCCUGUUGCUGCGAUAUCCCUAUUAGAGCUAUUUCUAAUAAAUGGGGCAGAUCCUAACCUAGUCGGCUAUGCUGAAGAGUAUCCAUUUGAACGAGCUUGGUCUCAGGGACUUCCAAAAGUCUUCCUUCAAUCUAUCCUUGAUUUUAUGUCUGAGGAUCUGAUAUGUAAAUUGGAUAUUGGUGGCUCUCAUGUAACUUCACCAAUCACUGUGUGUCUGUAUGAUACAUAUACAUCAAAUGAACAGGCCUUGGUGGAAUAUAGGGAUGUCGUCGAAGAGUUGAUGAGGCCCAAGGUUAGGUCUCUGAAGCAUUUAGUUAAGUUCAGCAUAAGGCAGCAUCUUAAACAAAACUACAAGCUGAUAGACCAGAUACCACUACCAGGACAGUUAAAACAAUAUCUCCAUAGUUGCUAUUGUUGAAUAUACUUGUUUGUGUUUGUUUGAACAAGAGGUUAACAUAUAAUGUGAGUCUACACUGUACUUAUGUGCACGUGGGGGAAUCGUAGACUUGAAGUCAGUGGGUCAACUUUAUUGUCCUCCCUCAUACUUCCUUUUAAUACGAGUUCAAUAGCCUAAAUAUUUAUCUAUAAUUUAUUUAUUGCUGUACAUUUUUCUUUGCACUGAGUG